UCCCAGCACCAAAGAACGUUCUUCGUCCAGACCUCAUGGAUCGUACGAGCGGACGGAAACUCGGAGGCGCAGAAACCCGACCAGCAGAUACACUAACGACUAGAGUAAUACGCAGCUGCAACAGUGCACGACGAUCAGAACAACUAAACCAACACUAAAAAGAUGGAGAUAGCUCGUCUAUGCAAGUCGGUGAGGUACAAAGACCACUCAGCCGCGGGGGCGGGACGACAUGACCGCAUCGUUACGCUCAGACCGUCACCUAAGCACAACGCCUCAUGAGCUCAUUCUCACAAUCGACGACGAGUAUAUGACGAUAUGAUCCCGCUCAUGUACUCCCAGGCAUCAGCCAAACGACAAGCACAACUAUAUAUAUUACUUCCCUUGUCUCACUACUAACUUAUAUCUUUCAACAUGCCAUUUGCCCUCAAAAUCCGCACACUCACACGACCAAUCCAACAAACUUACAUCACCCGAUCAACCAUCAGAAUGUCUUCCGGCCAGUCCCACGCUUCCGGCCAGUCCGCCGUUCCCCAGAAGGCACAGGAGGCCGUCCCCAAGGACAUUGAGCAGGCUCUCCCAGAUAGCGUCCACCCCACCGCUACCGGCCCCGGUCAGAGCACCAACAAGACCCACGCCCUGAACGACGGCGAGGACUCCAUCGUCCCCAAGAAGAUCCAGGAGAUCCUCCCCGAGUCGGUUGAGCGCGCUGUUCCCAACGCGAUCCACAACACUGGCGACAAGAAAUAG